AUGUCUGGACGGCUGAACCCACUUCUAUUUGUGUCUGCACUUCUAGACAUAGCUUCUGCAGCGAACAUCUUUGUGUCUCAUUACACCGGGACCAUCAAUGUCUUAACUUUGACGUCCACAAGCAGUGGUGGGUACACCCUCACCCAGAACAGCUCAUUGAAUGUCGGAGGACAGCCGAGCUGGAUGACAUUCGAUUCUUCGAGUCGAACAAUAUAUUCUUCAGAUGAGACGGGCUGGGGCAGUGCAGCUAUAACUGCUGUUACUGUUGCAACAAAUGGGGCCCUGAAGCUAAUAGGAAAGACGAAUGCACCACUCGGUGGCGUACACAACGCUUUGUAUGGAGAUGGCUAUAUAGCACAUGCACAUUAUCAAAUGUCACAAGUCUCCACGUUCAAAUUGCCAUUGACAUCGGGCCAAGGGCCAUUGGAAACGUUCACCUUCACUAUGAGUGGAAAGGGAACAAACCCAUCUCGGCAAGAUGCCCCACAUCCUCACCAAGCGCUUGUGGACCCAACAGGGAACUUCCUGCUUGUCCCAGAUCUAGGAGCAGAUCUGAUCAGGAUAUGGUCCAUCAACAAGGCCUCAGGGAAGUUGACGGCAUGCCCAAGCUUCACCCAAGUCGGUGGUACAGGUCCUCGCCACGGUGUAUUCUAUGGCAAAGAUAUUUUGUACAUUGGCAAUGAGCUUGCGAACACUGUCAACGCUUUCCACGUCACUUAUCCCGCAUCCGGUUGCCUAUCGCUGUCGCUGACCCAGAGUCUAACCACAUUGGCCGGGAAUAAAACAGCGCCCAGUGGGACGAAGGUUGGAGAGGUCUACAUCAAGGAUAAAUACCUCUACGCUACAAACAGAAGAGACCUUUCGUUUUCACCAAAUGACUCGAUUGCGUCGUUCUCCCUUGACGAUGCCGGGGCAAUGACCUUCCAGCAGAUCACUUCCUCUGGCGGCACAUACCCACGAACUUUUGCUAUCAACAAGGCAGGUGACUUGGCCGUCAUUGGUGACCAGACGACUGCGAACGUCGUCAUUGUUAAGAGAGAUCCUGCGACUGGACUCCUGGGUACCCAGGUGGCAAGCAUGAGAAUUGGGACGGUGGGUCAGCCGGAGAAUGACGAUGGACUCAGUGCUGUUCUCUGGGAUGAGUAG